GGUGUCGGGAUUUUUUUGUCAUUUUAAUUCAAAGGGGAGAUAUAAGAGAACAGAAUAUCAGAACUCAGAAAGAAUCAACCACUUCACCUAUUUGAAACCGUCAGCAGCAAACCAACUCCUCCUAAGAAGGGCGAAGUCCAAAAGCGAGAAAGUAUAUCAGAAUGCAAAAGGCAGAACAGAAUGCCCACUCUUCUUCUUCAUCUUCUUCUUCUAAUUCACAGCUUUCAAUCAAGAAUCCAUGGCUGUUCGUAUACUUUUUCAACCAAUAAAUCUUAUUCACACCCUUUUCUCAUUGCUCGUCAUUCUUUUAGAAAUCCCUCAGUUUUUUUCUCAGCCCCAAAACAUUCAGACUUUCUAUCCAUUUCCCCUGCCUCCCCUUGAGCCACCGCGAGUUCCAACAAGUAGGCUGCCGGCUCAUCCAUCCUUACUUCCACCAUCCCCUCCUCCUCCACCACCACCAUCACGGAAGAAGAAGGCAAUUAGAAUUGCCAUUGGAGUGACAGCUCCUGGGAUACUAAUCCUAUCUGUAAUACUCUUCUUACUUUUUAGGUACUCCAUGGAGAGAGGCAGUCCUACAGCUGCUGCUGGUAUGAGUCCUUAUGCCGACCCUUAUCCUGAAAAAAGUAGGCGUGGAGAUGAGUUAAUGAUGUUCGGAGGGAUGAAGAUAGAGGGGGUGAUUGUUGAUGAGGAAGGUCUAGAUGUUCUUUAUUGGAGAAAUUUGGAAAAUGGAGAUCACAAGGGGAGUUUCAAAAGACAGGUUUUCAGCAAUAAUAGCAGAAAGAAACCUGAAACACCACCAACCCAAGAAAUCCCUCUUCUUAGAGGCCAGUCUUCAUCCUCUCAUCAUCCCACUUGGGCCGAUUCAGAAAACAAAGCGCUGCUUAGACCUCCUACUUUUCAAAUUGUUGCUCUUAAUGAGUUUGUUGACAAACAAGAUUCUGUAAGCCAACCAGAAUUGAAUUCGCCGCCAUUGACUGAUCAUGAAUUUUCAAAGGCAUCUUCUUUUAGGGCAAUUGCACCGCCAUCCGGUCCAUCACUACCACCUAAAGGAAUGACUUCAUCAGAAGAAGUUACUUCGGGAGAUGGAGAAAAAGAGGUGAAAAUGGAGCCUUUGCAUUGCGAUGAACUUAUUCAUGUUGCUGAUCAUUCAAUGACUGGGGACAAAAUGGAAAGUGGUUCCUUCACGUUUAAUGGAGGUCCCCUGGAUGCGCUAUUUGGAUAUGUUGCUACAAAUCAAAAAUCACCAAAAGGAGAAAGCAGCUCACAGAAUAAUAUAGGGGACAACAAAGCAACAGGUCCCACCCCACCGAUAUUCAUUCUCGAAACCAAAAAGUCAGAGAAUAU